ACCCUCAUCCCCCCCCCCCCACACACACCCCCCCUGGGCUCCUGUUCCCCCUCCCUCCACAGAGAGGUGGGAUUGUGACUCCCCCACCUCCUCCCUGGAGACCCCCUCAGGAGUGAGGCCCGUGACUCCCUCACUCCUAAGGUGGGAGCUGGGAAUCACCCUUACAGUUAUGACCCUUCCCAACCCUUUGGCUCCCUAGUAGCUGCUAGCACCAGCUAGUGUGGAAGAUCCCUGGGAUUGUGUGGAUCCUCCAUUUUGUCCCCAACAGGAGGUACUGGUGCUGCUGAGAGUAGGGCUUGCUUCCCCCCCCCCCUCCCCUCCCCACACCCUCCCAAAGCUGGUUAGUUGACAGGGUCAUUCCCAGGCCUGUACCAACCCCAGAGAAACAUGGAGUUUGCAGAGCUAAUCAAGACACCGCGAGCAGAUAAUGUGGUUCUGCACCGUCCUUUUUAUCCAGCAGUGGAAGGGACACUAUGCUUGACUGGCCACCAUCUCAUCCUCUCAUCUCGGCGCCAGGACAAUUCUGAGGAGCUGUGGCUGCUGCACUCAAACAUAGACUCAAUUGAAAAAAGGUUUGUUGGCUCGUUGGGCACCAUCAUUAUAAAAUGCAAAGAUCUGCGGAUUAUUCAACUGGAUAUACCUGGAAUGGAGGAGUGUUUGAACAUCGCUAGCUCUAUUGAGGCCUUGUCCACCCUGGAUUCUGUCACUCUAAUGUAUCCCUUCUUUUACCGGCCCAUGUUUGAAGUUGUCGAAGAUGGCUGGCACUCCUUCCUGCCUGAGCGAGAGUUCGAACUUCUCAGUUCAGUAACGAAUGAAUGGCGGCUGAGCUAUGUCAAUAAGGAGUUCUCCGUCUGCCCCUCCUACCCGCCAGCUGUCACUGUCCCAAAAUCAAUUGAUGAUGAGGCCCUUCGGAGAGUUGCAACCUUUCGCCAUGGUGGCCGCUUCCCCGUUCUAAGCUAUUACCAUAAGAAGAAUGGGAUGGUAAUGAUGCGGAGCAGCCAGCCUCUCACAGGUACUAAUGGGAGACGGUGUAAGGAAGAUUCAGCGCUUAUUAAUGCCACCUUGAGGGCAGGAAAGCGUGGCUACAUCAUUGAUACCCGUUCCCUGAAUGUUGCUCAGCAGGCCAGAGCCAAAGGAGGCGGCUUUGAGCAGGAAGUGCAGUAUCCUCAGUGGAGGCGAAUUCACAAAUCUGUUGAGAGGUAUAAUAUUCUGCAGGAAAGUCUCAUCAAACUUGUGGAAGCUUGCAAUGAUCAAUCACACAACAUGGAUCGCUGGCUUAGUAAACUGGAAGCCUCCAACUGGCUGACUCACAUUAAAGAGAUACUAACUGCGGCUUGUCUGGCUGCUCAGUGCAUUGACAGGGAAGGAGCAUCAGUGUUAGUUCACGGGACUGAAGGAACUGAUUCUACACUCCAGAUAACUUCAUUGGCUCAGAUCAUCUUGGAUCCAAGGUGCAGGACCAUACGUGGCUUUGAGGCUCUUAUUGAGAGAGAGUGGCUGCAGGCUGGUCACCCAUUUCAGCAGCGCUGUGCUCAGUCCGCCUACUCCAACAGCAAGCAGAAAUGGGAGUCCCCCGUGUUUUUCCUUUUCUUGGACUGCGUGUGGCAGACCCUCCGUCAGUUCCCUUGCUCUUUUGAAUUCAAUGGACACUUCCUCAUCAUGCUCUUCGAAAACGCCUACGCCUCGCAGUUUGGCACGUUUCUGGGCAACAACGAAAGUGAAAGGUGUAAACUGAAGCUACCACAGAAGACUAUGUCCUUGUGGUCUUGGGUGAAUCAGCCUUACGAACUGAGCAAAUUCAAGAAUCCUCUGUUUGAGGCCAACAGUCUCGUCAUCUGGCCGUCUGUCGCGCCACAGAGCCUGCAGCUUUGGGAAGGUGUCUUUCUCCGUUGGAAUAGGUCCUCCAAGUUUCUGGACGAAGCCUGCGAAGAAAUGAACAACAUCAUAGAGUACAACAAGGAACUUCAGGCAAAAGUCAAUGCACUGAGGAGGCAGUUAGCAGAACUGGAAACAGAUGAUGGGAUGCAGGAAAGCUCCUGAGAUCUUGCAAGGCUUUGGACACCAGGUCUUUCCUUUCAACUCACCUUUACACUAAAGACUAAACAGAGAAUGUGCAUGUGUUGCAGAACCCUCUGGUGCAAUUGCUCCUCAACCCUUCACUGCUGAAACCCUCACUUUACACUAUCUACAUCUCUUCCGUUUGGGAUGGGUCUCUUGUUUUUUGUUUACAGGGAAAGUGCACUAUUCAGCAUAGUGUUCUCUUGACCGUCGCUGUCUUUAAUAAAUUGUGUACAGUUUCAGCAUAAGCUUUGUCUCUUACCUCUGUCAAAGUUUGUACAGACCAGGAUGGGUCAGGAGAUGGAUGUGUUAUGUUUAAGUUGGGGACCAUUUUUUGACCUCUAAACAUUUAUUUGUAAGAGUAUUAAAUAUUUUUCUGAGUGGUCGGUGAAGGCAUUUUUGUCUAAGUUGCCUUUUUUGAGAUUAGUUAAGGCAGCGUUGUGUUCAGUGAUGCUUAUUUUUGGUUGGUUCUGAUGUUGCGUUUCAUACAUUCUAUGUUCCUUUUAUCCAGAAAGGCAGUGAGGACGCAAACGCGGUUUAAAAUGCCUCCGGUUUCUGGCAGUUACAUGAAACCUCCUGUACACUUGACAAAUAAGCAUGUGGUGUUUGAAUUAAGGAACCGGAAUUGGCUUGGUGGGGCUAACUGAAACAGAAGCCAGGUGAGAAGUUUGUAUGCAGUGUAGAACUUGUCAGGAUUGUUCUGCCAGGCUCUCUGCCUUGACUUUCAGUUGCAUUGUCUCUGUGUGUCAUGAACAAAUAUCUCCGAAGGGAUAACAAACUAUUCAUAUCCCACCUGGAAAACAAACAGGGCAAAUUGCUAGCAGAGGCAUUCAUUUGUUAGUGAAUAAACUAGUAACCAGAGCACACUGCCCUUUUGGGGAGUUCUGAUUGCACUGGCCUUUUUUAAAGGUUUGAACUGAUCCAUUGUGAUGCUAAGGUGCAAAAAUCCCUAUGGGUACUUUUAAAAACACCCCCUUUGCUCCAGAUGUAUUUUUGUCUUGCAUACUUCUGCGAGGCCUUUUAUCUGCUUUGGCAAACGUGAUCCAGCAACGUCUUAGAAAUGUGUUUUCGAUUAAAAUUUGUAGCUGCUAAAAACGGCUUGCAGUGUCCAAUUCUCCAUGUUAAAAAUGUUUGAUUUCUGGGGCUGCUUUCUGCAUUUCGGUGGUUUAGUCUGUGCUUUCAUCAACAUUUUAAAGGGAUGGUCAAGGCUAGGCCUUGAGAAUUAUUUAACUUACGUAGACUGUUCCACUUGAUUCCAAGUGGCUUGGUGUCUGUAGAACAAUUAUUUUCCCCUAAGGGAAGUGGAGGGCUGUCUCUUCAACCCACAAGGAUCCUUUCCUCCUCCUCCCUGGUUUAGCACCUCUAGAAGGGAGUAGAGCCUGAUAACCUGGUAUGUGGGCCCAACUGACUGAAUACGUUCUUGUUGGGAUGAGGAGACUAGCUGAGGAAGCACCUAGAAUUCCCUCAAGUCAUUCCCAAGAGACAUUGUUGUAUAUGGCAAUCCGAUGGGAUGGAUCUCAGGUCCAGUCGCUGGCAAAGGAGCAGCUGCAGGCUGCUUUAUGCGCCAUGCGGUAGCCUUUACUACAGGAAGUAAUAUGUAUUGCUCACUGCAGAGCCCAGGAGCAUCUGAGCAUCAGCCGCAAGGAAGGCUAUUUUUUGUCAGGUUGGCUAUGGGGAUGGCAGUGGCAUGCGUUUGCCAGUUUGCUUAUAGCACAACUUGACAUAAAUCUGGCUUUAAGGUGGCUUCCUUAACAGAGCUGUAGCAAGAAUAGUUCAAUUAUUCCCUGCUUUUUUUGCUGCAUUCAUCCCCAAAAUUCCCAGGCUGGACUGUUUAAAGCAAGUGCCAUCAAGUGGGGCAACUAGACACGUUCCUUAAUAAUUAAGGCUUAAAAACAUUUUGAGUGGACAGCAACCAGUCACGUUAGUCUUAGCUGGAAAACAAGCCCCGAAAGUGAAUGUAUAACUUCCAAUUUUUGUUUUGUGACUUUAAGCCACGAUUACCCCGUCACUACUGUUGAGAUGUACCGAUGGAAAAUUUUUCCCAGUAAGGUAGAACGUGUUCCCUUUGGAGCUGGUACUGGAGGCUGUUCGAAAUGGAGGCUUAAAAUGAUUGUUUAAAAAAUAAAAGCUUAUAAACUUCAAAACUACCAAGUCCAUAAAUGGUCAUUACAAGAAAUAAACCAAACACAACUACUGGCCAAGGCAAAGGUGUAGGAGGUUUGAAUUUAAUAGGACAAUGAGGCUGGGUGCUUUUUUUUUUUUAAGUUCCACGUUGGCCUAAUUUUGUUCCUAGUGAAGACAACAGCCGUAGAAUUAGACUAAUGUGGCACGUUCUAGGGUGCCCGCUUUGUGUUUAACUCAAUAUUUUACAGUAUUUUUAUUCUUAAAGUGGAUUGGCUUGUAUUUAAAAAAAAAACACUUGCUUAAUAGACAUAUUUGAAUGAUGAAGACUAAACUACUUUAAGAAUGUAAUCUGCCGAAAAUCCUGGUUUCUAAAUAUGUUCUUAAUCAAGGGUUUAAAAUAUUUUCUAUAUUACUUGACAGUGAGUGACCUUUAAAUAUCACUGUGCUGCCUUGUAUUAUAAAAAUCCUUUUUCUAAAACAUUCUGCCCUGGGCUGAUCUAAAUUUAGUCCCAAAAUGAUCUCGUUUUAUUGCAAACACUAGUUUGGCAGCUUUUUAUCUAACCGGGUAAUGAAAGAUAAGAAUACAUACAAUUUGUUUAAAGGUGCUUGUUUAAUUAAAAUGGUUUACCAGGGAGAUGGAUGUUCAGAUUCUCAUGUUAAACAUUUUUGGGAUGUUUUUGAGGGGGUGGGGUGGGAGGGCACCUUGGAUCCUAAAACUUAAGACAUGCGGGGCUCAGGUUUUUCCUGUGGUGACUAGUGAUCUCCGGUGCCUGUUGGUGACAUGUAAAAGGGUUUUCAGAACUUCUGACUACAGCCCUCAAAAGUCCAGACCCUUUCACGUGUAUCAAAUAUAGACCCUCCCUCCCCCCAAAUCACUAGCUACUCUUUAAAACCCUGGCUGAGUUCGCUGUACCUGCUCAGUUACAUUACUUUUAACAAAUAUUUUCAGAAUUUUGUUACUAUGGAUACCAUGAGUCCGAAAUAUGUAAUUACCAGCCAUAUUGGAAUGGCUCAGAAGAGAUUAUUUGGCUCCAUAUUAGACUAUCCAUAAAACACAUUUUUAAAGGUUUUGUAACUUCCAAAUGUAGCAAUGAUAUAUAAGACAGCAGCAAAGAGACUUUUUGGCCUCAAUGCAUGGUGGUUCCAGUCUCUCUUGCAAACAGCAUGCAUCUUUUGAGUAGCCAGCCGUGACAGCUAACAAAAGGCAGAGAAAUCUCACGUGAGGCUGGCGUUUCAUCCUAACCUUGUGCUACUGAACUGCAUUCACCCCAAAUGACAUGAGUGUUUCCCUCGAUUUAGCAUUAGUUUGGAUCACAACCAUAAUACUGUUGAUGGCACUGAUUGCUUUUAUUAUUCCCAUUGUUUCAGCCUUUAUAUUUCAAUUUUGUUCACAGCAGGAAAAAAAAAAAUCAAGGGAGGUGGAUAAUUAGUUUUCUUCCAAAUGGACACCUUCCCCGUUCCCUUUAAAUUGUGGAAUUGGGCGGGAUCGUGCGCGGCACUUUGCAGGAUUGCUGGAUCAGGGUCCAGAGUUCUCCAUACCUUGCAAGAUCAAAACCCAACAGCGUAUAUGUGUUCUUAGAAGUGGUGUAAUAUCCCCUAUGUAAAAUUCCCCUCUAGUAGUCUUCACCUCUCUAUCACCUUCCAGGUUUUAGGGUGGGGUGACCACAGAUAAUCCAGGCUGGGGUCCUCAGAUUCUUCUCCCACUUGUAUCUUUAUUCUGGGGCCACGAGGUUUACUCCCAUAAUAAAUGUUUACAAUCAGCAAUGGAGCACUCUUCUUUUGGAAGGGUGGCACGAGCUGGGCCCAGUUACAUUUACCUGUGUUGCCCCAUGAGAGACCUGAAGUGUUGUUUGGUGCAGGUAGUCACUUGCCUUCAGGUUGGACCUGAGCUGUAAGCAUUGUGUGGUAAGAACCAAGCCUGGGUCUUCAGCCUGGCAGUGCCUUGUGCUGUUGCCAAGACACCUGCUUCAAUUCUCUUUUGUACAUACCUAUAUGUGUAUAUAGAGUUAUAAAUGUAAUUAACACGCUGGACCUAGUACUCCUAAACCUCAAGGAAGUAUAGAAACUUAAUGGGGACACGUUGCCGUUUACCAAAAAUAGAAUGAACUUGCACAGCGUAGUGAACAACACAAAGGGAAUAUGUACUUUCGAUAGACAGGUAUUUUGAUUGUAUUAUUGAUCUAACGUUUGAAUGUGGCAAUCUGUUAAAGUGCACUAUUGUCCACGUUGCAUACAAUAUAAUUUGCACUGCAUAGCAUAUCAACAUCUGUAAUGUAUGCUUCUGUUAAAGCCUUGGAAAGUGCUAUCAUGUACAGGUUCCUGUACAGUGGAAAAUGUCUAUAUAUUAGAAAUUUUUUUGUAACUGUGAUAUUGAAUAGCACUGUUUGUUACGUACUAUACAUGAUGUAUCCAUUAACUAGUAUGAGCUAAGUAGUAAGUGCGUUCUGUCCGAAAACCUGGAAUCUCUAAUCAGAGUUGGCUGCUGCAUCAAACUUAAUUUAAAAUGAACCGUGUAACAGGAAUUGUGUGCUAUUAUGUUAGAUGUCUGUUGUUUGUGAACAGAAUCCCAGCCACCACUACGCAGAAUAUAUCACAAAAGGCUAAUGAAUCUGAGGAAAAUACAUUGGCUGAAAUUCUGUUCAGCUCUUUGGAAAAACGAAGAUACAAAAUGGCUGUAAAUUUUUGCUUAGACUUGUUGAGAAUGUAGUGUAAAUUGUCUGAAUUAAAACCUUCGAGACUUGAAAAGAAA